CCCCCACCUCGUCCCACUCUCGGGCCAAAGAACCACCUACACACUCCCACUUCAGCCUACCAUUGUCGUUGCCAUGACAACCUCAGCCCUGCGGCGCCAGGUGAAGAACAUUGUGCACAACUACUCAGAGGCAGAGGUCAAGGUGCGUGAGGCGACCUCCAAUGAUCCCUGGGGCCCAAGCAGUUCGCUGAUGUCAGAGAUUGCUGACCUCACCUUCAGCGUGGUAGCCUUCAGUGAGGUCAUGGCCAUGGUCUGGAAACGCCUCAACGACCACGGCAAGAACUGGAGACAUGUUUACAAGGCCCUGACCCUACUCGACUACCUGGCUAAGACGGGUUCAGAGCGCGUGGCCCAGCAGUGUCGUGAGAACGCCUUCGCUAUCCAGACGCUGCGGGACUUUCAGUACGUGGAUCGGGACGGGCGGGACCAGGGCGUGAACGUGCGCGAGAAGGCCAAACAGCUGGUGGCACUGCUGCGGGACGAGGAGCGUCUCCGACAGGAGAGGGCGCAAGCACUCAAGACCCGUGAGAGGAUGGCGGCUGGGGGCGGGGCCGGUGGUGGAGCUGGGGGCGGCCCCCCCGCCUACCCCGCCCGUAGGAGCAGCCAGCCCAGCAUGGCCGCUCUGUACGGGGAAGAGUUCAGCCGCUCGAGGGGAUCGCCUUCCUCUUACAACUCCUCCACCUCCUCUCCGAGGGCAUCAGAGUUAGAGCAGACUCGCCCUCAGACCACAGGGGAGGAAGAGCUGCAACUACAGCUGGCCCUCGCCAUGAGCAGAGAGGAGCAGCGCAGUCGUCAAGGAGAUGAGUCCGAGCUUCAGAAGGUUCUGGAACAGAGCAGGAGAGAGAGUGAAUCUGGACAAGGAGAGUCUGCCAUGACUGACCUGGUGGACAUAUUUGGGCCCACAUCUGAGGCUCCUCCUAGUGAUGACCCCUGGCAAACUCAGCCCACCUGCCCAGUGAACUCUGACCCCUGGGAAUCCAUAGCUGUGGUUAAGUCUAGUACACCUGUGGUUGGUAGUCCAUGGACAGCCCGCCCCACUUCGAUUAGCCCUGCACAGCCGUGGGGUGCCAGCCAAUCACCACCAGACACCUGGGGUGCUAGCCAAUCACCACCUGAUGUCUGGAAUGCCCCACCCACUAACCCCAGCCCUGUCCCAGCUGAACAAAGCUGGGGAAGUUUAGGUCGGCCAGCCUCUGUCAGAUCCCACCCCUUCUCCAUCCGGGACGGUGAUGAACCAGUGGUCGAGCUGAGAGAGGAGGGGCCAAACUUUGUCUUCAGCCCUCGUUGUGAGAGCCCGGCAGAUGUAGACCCAUUUGCUGAGUUGGUGGGGGGGAGGCAGGUGAACGGAAGGGGCAGAGGCAGCCCAGAGACCUUUGACCUCUGUCGCCUUGGCCCUCCACUGGAGAUGGUGGCCCCGAGAAUGUGCCACACGCCCGAGGCUUUCUUGGGGCCUACAGCUGCUUCACUUGUUAACCUCGACACACUCAUCCCACCCAACCCACUACCCAAGAGCAGGAGUAAGAACCCUUUCCUCUCAGUCCAAGAGGAAGAUCCCGGUUCACUCAGGUGGUUCUCAGGUCUCAGCACCCCGUCUCCCACGAACCCCUUCCACUGUGAGCAGCCACGGCUGACGCUGAACCAGAUGCGUCCACGCUCAGCCUCUCCCCUGCUGGCCCCUGGUGUGGGGGGACCCCUGCCCUGCAGCGCCUCCCUGCCCCAGCCCCUGCUGCAACAGCAGCAGCCCCGCCCCCUGCGCUCCUCCCACACCCAGCCCCCCCACGGCCACCUGGACAUGCCCGCCAACCUGCCCCAGCCUCUGCUGCCCCUCACAUCCACGCCGGCCACGCCCACUCCACCCCGCGCCAGCCCUCUGCCCCACCUCCAGGACCGUGGCCGCAACCCCUUCCUCUGAGAUCUACUGGGAACGUUCCGGAUCACAGGCUUCUGCUCGCAACUGGCCCUGCUUUUGGACCAAACAGAAGGCUCAGCCUAACAGGAUGCUGAUGGGCGAGGCACAUCGGAAUCUGCACUGGAUUAACUACUGGCAUGUUGUUUCUGUGUGAACAAACUGAUGUGGUUUGAACUGAUCUCGAACAGUAUCCUUCAAAUGUGACUUUAGGUUUUAAGGUGAAACUUGCCACCCAAAUCUGAUGAUACAUAAUUCAGUAUUUAUUGACAUUAUGGUUUAUUGGUAAUUAAAAAGGCCAGGCUUAUUCUGGUCUAUUGCAGAUAACAGCAGAUCAGACGUGGGUAUUUAACUGAUUGAAGUAUCUCAGUGCUUUAAAGGAGGAACAAAAUCAUAACAGAGCUAUCAGACAUCUACUGUCUCAAGCAUGCUGCUAAUAAAGCACUGACAUGGGGCUUACCUGUCAAUCAGCAUGGCUCCUACAUCUCACAAAGACAAGAACUGCUUCUCCUUUGAGCUGUCUGUCAAAUGGCCUUUCCCUUCUCAGACUCAUGAUGGAUAGAACUGAGCUACCAAAGGGGGAUGGUCAAUAUUACAGGAAUACUGAACUAAAGGUAUGAGCAAACGUUUUAUCAAGAAAGAGACAUUCCCACAUCCUAUUCCUCUUUUGAAACUCGCUUUCUUCGUUGCCUUCUGUCUAUGGACUGCUGUGGGUGUGUAAUAUUCACCCAAUCAGGGACCAGCAAUGAUUGUAAAGACCCCACCCCUUCCUCAGAGAGCCACAUGAAUAUCUUCCCAACAGUCCCACAGCUUGUCUAGGUUCGGCUCCAUGCGUUCUGACUGGAUCUCAGGGGCCUGCCCACCAAAUCCUGCACAAUUAAUGCGCUGCUCACAAGCAGCAGUCUUUAGGGUUUUGGCAAAGGGAAAGGGACCAGUGUAGAAAGGUGCAUAAAUGAAAAUCAAAAGGCACAUUAUGUUAAACUGGAACAAGACAGACAGACUGAUCAUAUAUUGUAAUGCUGAAUAUCCUAUGCUGUUGUUCUUCUGUUGAAGAUAAUAGUCAUUUAUUGAUUAAUACCAGCUUUGUCACUUAAUGGCCAUUGAUAAAUAUGAAAUGAGUUUAGUGUCUUUUAAGGCCAAUACAUCCAGGUUAAAUAUUAAUGUAUU